AUGAAGCGCCUCCUUGCAGCCGUGGUCGCCAUUGCGGCCUUGUCUGUACAGUGUGCGAUGGCCUCCAUGGGUGAUCGGUCUGCUAAAUUUCAACUCUGUGUGAAGUCGUGCGAAAUCGAUACCUGCCAGGACCACCGGCCGAGGUCCUUGUCCGAUGAUACCAUUGUCGUGCCGGAUCCCUUGCCGUGGUACCUGAUUUUGACUGGCUGGUCAUGCGAGUCGAACUGCGCGUAUCACUGCACGCACCGCAUCACCAAUGAAGCAAAGAAGCGUGUGCGCGAUAUCCGAUCCAAGAUUGUGGACGGUGCGGCACGCGAGCGCGCUACGACCAUGGCACUACAGGAGCGCUGGUCGGAGCAGCUCGCAUGGGAGAAACAAGACGAUGAGUUUAAGGAGCUGUGUGGCGACACACACUUCCUCAGCUCGUCCGGCGAGUGUGUACCCCUGCUCACAGAGCCUCCGCCGCCUCUAUUGACGGAUCUUGAAACCCGGCGCAUGGUCGAGUCGAUGGUGGCACUGGAACUCACGUCGCUUCCGGCUAUCGACAAGCAAACAGUUCAGUUCUAUGGCAAGUGGCCGCAGCUGCGUCUACUAGGCAUGCAGGAGCCCAUGUCUGUGCUAUUCUCGCUUUUGAACUUGCUUGUGCAGCUGCAGGCCAUAUUCCACGUGUUUUCAGACUUGAUCCCCGACACCUUCCCGUUGAAAUGCGUGUACCUGUGGCAUGCGCGAAUUGCGACGGUGGCAUGGACUGCCAGCACCUUGUUUCACACGCGUGACGUUUGGUGGACGGAGCGCUUCGACUACUUCAGUGCCGCUGCGGUGCUCCUCUCAGGGCUCUUUCUCGCCAUCUGCCGGCUCAUGUACCUACGACCUGGCACGCCGCUCUUCCGCCGGACCCUGCUAGCCUGUGUUGGCGCAUGGGUCCUGCAUGUGCUGUACCUGCUGCCGCAGCGACGUCUCGACUACACGUACAAUAUGGCUGCAUGCCUCAUGAUUGGCGUUGUCCACAAUACACUGUGGCUGCUGUGUGCGUUGGCGCCGCACCUGCUGGAGCGUAUGCGCUCGUGUUUCGGGGAAGGCUUAGUGCCAGCCUCUCCCAAGGGAUCGGCGCUUGCCGAUGCUGCGCCGCCGCUGGUGCUCUCUGCGCCCCAGCGGCAACGCCUGCAGAUGCUCGCGGCCGCCAUGUUUUUGGCGCCUGCGCUGGAGCUGUUUGACUUUCCGCCAUUGCUGCGGCUUGUUGAUGCGCAUUCGCUGUGGCACUGUGCUACGAUUCCGUUGACGUACUUUUGGUACCAGUGGCUUGCGAACGAUGCGCGCGAGUGCGUCAGGACCACGGGAUGGCACGCGGACCGACACGCCGAGCACGGGCAUACUGACGACGAGCUUGAAGCGCGGAGGAGUGCGUCGGUGCCGGCAGCUCUCUCUAUGCUGCCGCUACCGGCACCCGCGGCGGGUGCGGUGCCUACAUCGGCGCCGGCGCCGAUGGAUGUAUCGCUGCGACCGCUCUGGGCGCACGCCUGCCACAUUUGGGACGUGGUGUGGGAAUGGACGUGGCACACCAUGCACACCCUGCGAGGGAUGGUCAUUACCUCGUAG